AGCCCCACGGCUGCAUCCACCCAUCCUCCAAACAUCCCAGGUACCCCACCCCCACUGCCCAGCCCCCAUAGCUACCCCCCCCCCGUCCAUCCGUCCAUCCAUCCCCCGCUCUCCGCGCAGGCUGGGGCUGGGGCACAACGCCAUCCGGAUGAUCGAGAACGGGAGCUUGGCCUUCGUCCCAGCGCUCCGGGAGCUGCACCUCGACCACAACCGGCUCUCCCGCGUGCCCUCCGGGCUGCCCGGCCUCCGCUUCCUGCAGGUGGUGUACCUGCACGCCAAUGACAUCACGCAGGUGGGAGUGAACGAUUUCUGCCCCGUGGGGUUCGGGGUGAAGCGAGCCUAUUACAACGGAAUCAGUCUCUUCGGGAACCCGGUCCCCUACUGGGAGGUGCAGCCGGCCACCUUCCGCUGCGUCACCGACCGCCUGGCCAUCCAGUUCGGCAACUACAAGAAAUAAGGGGGCCGGGGAGGGGGGCGGGGGUGCAAUGGGGGGGAGCCGGGGGAAGUGUAGGGGGACUAGAAGGGGGCAGCAGGGGGUCUGGGGGUGCAGGGAGUGGGGAAACCAGAGGCCCAUUGGGUCCAGCGCUGUGACCCCAUUACCUGCCAUGCCGGGGGGGCAGCUCUAGCAUCGACUCGGUAACCCACAGAGGGUCGGGGGGCAGAUGGGGCCCCUGCCAUGUAGCUUCAAAGCACAUGUGCCAGCGUCGGUAGGAUCGGGGCCACUGGGAUCUUACUGCCAAUCCUUGGAAAGUUUACCAACCCACCCCCCACAACUACCCCCGGGACCGUUUGCCCCCCAAAUCAUGAAAACAGGGUGGAAAGGUUGAGGGCUCGGCACCAAACAGGUUAGAAUUUUGCAACUUGCGGGGGGGGGGGGGCCCCCAAAGGUGACAAAAUCUCACAAGAGAAUUGCAAACAAAUUGACAAAGAAAAUCUUGAAACCAUCAGGGAGAAAAUGUUGGGGGGGAAAUGGAGAAAAUUUGUAACAAUUGUGGCAACAAAACCCAAAAAAUCUUCGCAAGCUUGCCUGAGUGUGCAGGAGAAUUUUGCUGGCUGACUUCUUUGCAAAUUGGCGAGAAACGGCAAAGAGAUUAGAACCCAAAGCCAUGGAGAUUGGCAGCCCAAAGCCAUGGAGAUUGGAACCCAAAGCCAUGGAGAUUAUUGAACAUUUUUUUUAAACACAUCUGCAUGAAUGUUUUGCCCUAAAAGCGUCAUGGAAAAAUUGUAAAAAUUUUGCAAGAAAGUUCUUGCCACAUUUGCAUGAAAAUGUAAGAAAAGAUUGAAAAAAAGGAAAGUCAUGAAGAAAAGUGCAAAAAAUGUUGCAAGGCAAUUUGUAAUACAUUUGCAUACACAUGCAUGAGCUUUGCAACAACAACAACAACAAAAUCACCCCAUAAUUUUGAAUGAAAAUCCAAGAGCAUUUUACCCCCCAAAAAUUAAAUUUUGCAUUCAAGUACAAAAGUAUUUUGCAAAAAAGUCAUUGGGAAAAUUGCAAAAGAAAAUGUAUAAAUUUGCAUGAGAAAGGAAAAAAUUGCUAAUGCUGUCAUGCAGAAAAUGGCAAAUAUUUUGAAAAAAUCUUUAAUACAUUUGUAUGAAAAUGCAUGACAGUUUUGCAAAAACAGUUAUUAAAUUGGCAAUAAAACGCAACAAAGUCACAGAGAAAAUUGCAAACAUUAUUUUCAAUAUAUUUGGAAAUUUGCAUGAAAACUCAAAGAUAUGCACAAAAUGGCACUCCCCAAAAGUCAAGAAGAAAACUGAAAACGUUUUGAAAAAUAAAUAUAAAACACAAUCUGUAACAAUUUACGAGAAAAAGUCAUCAUGAAAAUUCGGGACAAAAUUUGCCAACGAUCGCUGAAAACAUUGCAAAACAUGUGGCCGAAGAUCGUGCAAAAUGUGCAUAACGACUUGUGAAAAUUUUGCAAAGGCAAAAACGUGGAAAAGACAUGACGAAAUCGUGCAAAACUGUUGCAGAAAUAUCCCACCCCCAAGUGGCAAACAUUUUGCAUACAAAGCACGCUCCAUUCUUCACUAAUUAGUGCCAAUAUUUCCUGCUAAGUUCUCCGACACGCGUGUGCACAACUCCCUGGCAAUGUACCAAUCUCGCAAGCCACCGGACAUCCCCCCCGGGAAACCAAAGCACCAGCUGACGGUUUCUGCUCCCACACGCGUGUGAGCCGCCUGGUCCUGGUGCCCGCAGCCCGGGCGAAGGGAAGGCAGCGCUCAGCGGUGGAGCCAAGAACUCGGAGUGGGACUUGCUGGUGCCUGUGGGGGGCAGGGUUUGCAGCCCUGCUUCUUUGAAGACCCUCGGGGGGCGUGGGUGUGAAAUUUCCCGCUUUGCACACGUUUGCUGCCUCAUGGGUUUUUCCUUCUUCUUGUUCCCGAAAUGCAUGGGCGCGGCCUGCUCCAGCCCUGCUCCUUGAGACGCGCCGGUGCUUGAAGGCCCGAUUCUCUCCCGUGGCAGCCACGAUUUGGUGGGACGAGGGCACAGGUGGGCCAGGACCCUGCCAGGCAAUGGGGAGAGUGCACCCCCCAGGGCGGGGGGCUAGACGGCCAGGGACGAUCCUGAUGGGUACGUGUAGGAUGGGGUGCCCAGAGGCUCCCCACCACCCUCAGAGUUCACCCCACCCCCUUAGUGCCCAACCCCCAAGCCCUGGAUUUCCACCGCGCCCCGGGGCUGGGCAGGUGGGACUGGGAACAGGACCCCCAGGCAACCCGAGCUGCGAGCCAACCCCUCCCCCACCGCGGGUGUGAUUGUGUGUAACGUCGUGUGCAAUAGAAACGCCGAGAACGGCGGCUAAUAAAAGUUAGCGUCGGGUUCA